AGCGAUUAAUAUCUUGAUCAUAUUUCCAUCGCAUGCCAAUUAAACUUUAUCGACAAAGGUUUGUUUACGUUAACCACCUACGCGCUUGCAAAUGUAAGUUACAGCUUUGAACCGAACCGAAACAACCAACCAACCACUGAUAACUAACCCGUGAAACCAGCUAAUUACCUUGCAAACUGUCGCUAAGUUCUUUCUAUUAUUACUGUUUAACACAACUCUAAAUCUUCGCCCAACAAUAAUUGCAGAUCACAUUAUUACCGGCACAGUGCGUCAGUGGAUAUGCAAAUAUUUUUAGACAAAAUAGCCCACAAACAGUCUCCUCGCAAACUCUCAUUUCCGACACGGCUAUUAACCGCAUUGAGAAGGAGUCAUUAAACUCAUACAAACAAUAAGAAGUUCAUGAAGUAAAACCAGAAAUAGCAGCCGCUUGAGCUUUGGUUUGUGAAAUGCCCCAGGUAAAAUGCUAACUGUGGAAACAGUUAAAUUUCAAUCGACUGAUUUUCCAUGUAAUUGACUACAUGUAAUUGACUAUUAUAAUAAUUCAAUCCGUAUUCACGUUAAGGUUCCCUUUCUUAUUCCCUUAUGUCGAGUUGUUUUGCUAGUCCGAAAGUCAUUCGCCGACUCCUCAAGUGGUUCAUUAUGCCUCUCCUUUGUUGUAAAGACGACACAUACUACCAAACUAAGAUAUCUAGUCGACAGAUAGUUCCUCUUGACGAAUUUCAAGUCUUCUGCCUUUCACUGGGACGCAAGGAAAGACACUAAAAGCACUUGUCCAAGUCCGCUCCAAUGGAUUAUACGUCUCUAGUACAUAAAACUACCAAGAAAACUUCUAAUUCUUUUCAUGUCUUUAGACAUGUUAAUUUCUUCAGCUGUAGCAUUUUCCUCUUGUUUUUUCUUUUUCACCAGAAUUGAUCUGUUCUUAAGGCGUGUAAGGAAUUUUCAACGGUUUUAUUCGUUUAUUUAUGAGAACAAAUAUGCCUUUCAGAAUUGUAGAAUGCCUUUAAGGGAUAAUCAUGACUUGGCGCUUUAAAGUCUGCAAAACAUAAAACAGAGAAUACGUCACUAAAAAAGAGAGCUUUGUUUCGCAAAUUUAUAUACAAACCUCUUAGCGAUUUUUGAUCCAAAACAGUGGUUUCUUUGAAAAUCACUGAACCCAACUAAGCUGCUACUGAUAACUAUCCCGUGAGAUCAGCUAAUUACCUUGCAAACUGUCGCUAAGUUCGGUCUAUUGUUAGUAUUCAACACAACACGCGUCAAAACCUUCACCCAAAAAUAGUCGCAGAUCACCGUAUGCUUCAUUGAAUAUGCAGAUACUUUUAGAUAUAUUAGUGCAAAAGCAGUCUGUUCCCAAACUGUGAGAGUCCGACAUUGCCCUAUUACCAAAGCUGACAACCAAACACGCGGGAUGAUUGCUUUGAGUUUCUUUCUUUUUGCGUUUGUGUACCUCGCACACAACCAUGGUUACUAUGUUCGUGGAAACCAUAGAGAAGCUGAAUGUGUGGCAAAAACAAGGUGUGGUUUAUGCUGCAGUAUACCUUUCACUUACAAAGGAGUAACAUACCAUUCCUGUACCAAAGCUGAUCACGACAAGUUUUGGUGUUCCCUGGACGCUGUCUACAAGGAAAAGUGGGCAAAUUGUGCCGAUCAAUGUGUGCAAAAGACAACGGAUGGCCAAUGCUGCAGUAUACCUUUUACUUAUGGAGGAGUAACAUACCAUUCCUGUACCAAAACUCAUCACAACAAGUUGUGGUGUUCGCUGGACGCUGUCUACAAGGGAAAGUGGGGAAAUUGUGCUGAAUGUGUCCAAAAGACAACGGAUGGCCAAUGCUGCAGCAUACCUUUCACUUACGGAGGAGUAACAUACCAUUCCUGUACCAAAACUAAUCACAACAAGUUGUGGUGUUCGCUAGACGCUGCCUACAAGGGAAAGUGGGGCAAUUGUGGUAAGCAUUGAAGUAAUGUUGGGACUAACUAAACGCUUAAGAAUAAAUAUUUGCAAGAAUCAAAAGAAAUGCGCAAAUAGCAGCAAAAAUGUGAAAUCUCCAACUUGCUCAAACUCCGUUUAUUUGUUGUCCAGAUAGAGGUAUUGAUUCACUUUUUUAAAGAAAAAAAGCGAUGUUUUGCCCAAAAAUGAGGACAAUCAUUUUCAGGGUCAUGUACGAGACAAUGUAGCUUGAAAAUUAGCCAUUUUGAAGCGGAAUGUUUGCCUGGAGUAUAUAGCUAAAUCACAUGAAUUUGUUAUCAACUUAUUCCUACAACUUUUUCAGAAAUUAUUCUAAGAUUUCUAAGAGAAUAUAAAAAUAAACUUAAAAAAGAAAUGAAACAAAGAGAUAGAGAGACCAGAGGGGAAUUGCCUGCUACUGCGUUUGAAUUUAAAAUUUCGUUUAAAACGAUUACCCUACUACCUUAAUCAGAAAUUACAUGAAAUUUAGAAAUUUAGAAACUGUAAA